GAUGACGCUCAGCGGUGCAUUAUUUUCGUCCUCCUGUCGCCGCCAUUGCUGCCAUGCUACGAAUAUCUUUGAGCAGCUGUGUGCGGUUAAUUUCAUCAAGUUAACAGAUAUUUUGUUUUUACCGUGACUCUCCUAUCGCUGGGAAAGCACCCCGAUAACACUGACUCAACAAUCUGCGAGCUUACUACGGCAUACAUUACAGUUAGCGGAGACAAUAAGUUAGCUAGCUAACUCGCUAACGUCCAUUUGCAAAAUAAGCUAGCGUAGGUGGUAACAGCGACGCACUCGGGCUCUUGUUGUCCCGCUGGUGGGCUUACUUUGUAGACGCACUUGAAGAUGUCGCUACACGGCAAACGUAAAGAAAUCUACAAAUACGAGGCGCCAUGGACGGUUUACGCCAUGAACUGGAGCGUCCGACCGGACAAACGGUUCCGCCUGGCGCUCGGCAGCUUCGUGGAGGAGUACAACAACAAGGUCCAGAUCGUCGGUCUGGAGGAAGAAAACUCUGAGUUUGUGUGUCGAAACACUUUUGACCACCCCUACCCCACCACCAAGGUCAUGUGGAUUCCGGACAGCAAGGGGGCCUACCCUGACCUGCUGGCCACCAGCGGGGACUACCUGAGAAUCUGGAGGGUGGGGGAAACCGAGACCCGACUGGAGUGUCUGCUUAACAAUAACAAGAACUCUGACUUUUGUGCACCGCUCACGUCCUUUGACUGGAAUGAGGUGGACCCAAACUUGUUAGGUACUUCCAGUAUCGACACUACCUGUACAAUCUGGGGCUUGGAGACUGGACAGGUGCUGGGUAGGGUCAACCUAGUGUCGGGUCAUGUUAAGACACAGCUCAUCGCCCAUGACAAGGAGGUGUACGACAUCUCCUUCAGCCGAGCGGGGGGCGGCAGGGAUAUGUUCGCUUCAGUGGGAGCAGACGGCUCGGUUCGCAUGUUUGACCUCCGUCACCUUGAACAUAGCACCAUCAUCUAUGAAGACCCCCAGCACCACCCACUGCUCCGGCUGUGCUGGAACAAGCAGGACCCUAACUACCUGGUCACCAUGGCGAUGGACAGCAUGGAGGUUGUAAUCUUAGAUGUGCGUGUGCCCUGUACUCCGGUGGCCAGACUCAACAACCACAGGGCCUGUGUCAAUGGAAUCGCCUGGGCACCCCACUCCUCCUGUCACAUCUGUACAGCAGCGGAGGACCACCAGGCUCUAAUCUGGGACAUCCAGCAGAUGCCGCGGGCCAUCGAGGACCCAAUACUGGCAUACACAGCCGAGGGAGAGAUCAAUAAUGUCCAGUGGGCCACCACCCAGCCCGACUGGAUCGCUAUCUGCUACAACAACUGCCUGGAAAUCCUCAGAGUCUGAACUUCAGUUGUGAAGAACUGAGGCAACUCAAAAACAUUUUCAAUUGAAUUAACAAGCUGUUUUUAAGGAGCAAGCAGCACUAUUCAGCCCAUGCUCGUCUUGAGUUCAUGUUGGUUCAGAUAAUGUGUGUAAAGCUUUUUUUUUUUUUCAACUGAGAAAGAGAAUACAUCGGCGCUUGAUUUUGUGAUACGAAAUCCAAACGUCCUGUAUCAGAAAACUCGAGAGCCAAAAAAAUGGUAACUGAGUCUCAAGAAACUGUUACAUACAGACACGAACCAAGGUUCAAUAGCCUCCAAACUAUCAGUUUGUUGUCUCGUAGACAAAAGGUCUAGUGAGUUUCAUGUUUUUUAUAUGCUAUUAUGGUGCAUUAUAUGUGUAGGUUUACCCAUUACGACAUCCUCAACCAUUCAUUUUUAUGAUGAAGCAAAAAUGUAGUUUAGUCACAUUUAAAAGUGGAUUGAAUGUGGUUAAUGUGACUUUAAGUGUUCAUAUAUUCAAUUGUCUUUUUUAACCUAAAUACAUGUGUAACUAUCAUUUGUGAUCUGUUGUAAUACAUUACAUGUAUUAAUGCUAGGGUUUGUAGUUCUUUAUAAACUAGCAGGAUAAAGCUAGAUUACAAAAAUGAUCCAACUGAGAAA